AACAUUGUGGUGCUUUGUCUAGCCAUCAACAUACGAUUUGACAAAGUUUUUGGAAACUCUGAUAUACAAGAAUUAUUUUCAAGAAUAAACGUUACCGAUCAUACCUUUACAAGUGCUAUCAACACGUUUUCAAUUGUGACUGUCACUUUUUCCUCUCUAUCAAUAGCAGUUGUUAUAUUUUCAUUCGUUGUUAUGGUCUUACCGAAAUGGAAAUCAGUUCUAAGUUUUGUCAGUGCUGGGGUAUUGUGUAUCGUGGCAGUUGCAAAUCUUCUUCAAGAAGGAUUAUGGGUGAUUUUUUUCAAUAAUGUAUCUGCAGAGCUAGAAGAUGAACUUAUGAAACAGUUUAAUAGUACUAAUGGUGGUUAUGAUUACUCUGACAAAUCAGCAACACGUGAUUUGUCAUUAUCAUUUUCGUGGAACACACUAUUUGUACAGGCAGAAUGUUGUGGAGUAGGACCUUGGAUAGAAUCGUCAUUUAAAUCUACUUACUGGUAUACAUAUGGUGACAGAUCAGCAGGUCAACGAAUUCCAGUACAAUGUUGUAUAUCUCAGACUGAUGUCUUCCCUUACUCUACGAGAACAGAUAGCAACUGCACAACUUCUAUGCUAGAUGGCUACUAUCGCUCACAGUCAUGUGAUGUUGCAGUUAAAGAAAGAUUAGAAAUAUACAGCACAAUCUUCAUUGUAUUCAUGGCUAUGAUCAUUUUUGUAGUGAUAUGUUGUGUUGUAACAACUUUAUUGAAUGCAAUACGAUUCAAGAAAGACACAAACAUGAUGCAUGUGAGUGUUAAAGCGGGUGGAGAGGAAGCUGAAAUCAGAAAAGACAAUAAAACACAAAAAGUAGGGGAUAACGCUAAGAAAAAAAGAAAUCAAAGAAGAGAAGAGGAUAACCGAACAAACAAAUCAUCUAAAAACGAACUGCAAUUGUCAGUUAGAACUGCUAAUUUACACAGAAAAGCAAAUACAAUUGUUCAGGAAAACAUCGAAGACAUUAUUGAAUUACAAUCGAUAAAAUCUAUGGAAUUUGAAGAUAAGGUUAAUUACAAACCAGAUAAACCUACCGACUAAAUAAAACAAGAAGUUGACGAAUUGGCUUGAAAUGAUAUAACAACUAAAUCAAAGAUAUUACUGAAGUGAUGACAUCUAACAAUAUUGGAAAAAAGAAACGAACAAGUUAGAUAUCCUGGUUCAUAUGUGUAUUUGACACGUUAGAACAUAUAUAUACAUAUAUAUAUAAGAAAAAAAAAGAAAAAAAUAUUGACACCUUGUGUUUGUGGCAUAACAUUUUGGCCACAAGUUUAUCGUUUUCUGUUUAGUAUUAAAUUUAUA